AUGAAUGCAAAAGUAUCACUUUCACAUACAUCGAUUAUUGAACAAGUGUUUCGUCAAACAAUGAUUAUUAUUCAACUAAGGAUUGCUGAAGCUCAAUAUGAACCAUCAAGAUUAGUACAAAAAUUUUUUAUCGAAAAUGAAAACAUAUCAUUAAUUUUAAUAUUCAAGCGAAAAUUUUUUGAAAAUGGUCAAUGGAUUUUAAUAGCUCUUUGUAUGACACAAACUGAUACUGUUGGAGGAGCUUUUAUAACGAUGAAAAUAAGACUUAUUGAAAUUCUUUUAGGUGCAAUGUGGUCACAUAUAGCAUAUUUAUUAGUACAUGAUAAUAUAUUUGCAACAUUUUUUAUAUUAAUCCCAUGGAUAUUUUUAUUUGGUUAUUUAAGAUUAUUUCCAAAAUUGAAUUAUACAUCAGCUGUAGCUAGAUUUACGUUUAUUAUAUUCAUACAUGAAUGUCUAUUACCGCUAAUAGUUAUUAAGAGGCAGCCAUCUCUUCAGCCUUAA